AUGCUCAGUUCGAUUGAGUUGAGGAAGAAGAAGGCGGGAGAAGUAGAAAGUGGGGGAAAGAGGGAGACUGCAGAUCUGGAAUUUGAAGAACCAAAACGACGUCGUUUUGGUCAUGAGGAGAUAGAUUGUGAAAAGAAGAGACCAAUUCAACCAGGAGAUGAUGAUGGUGGGGAGAUCCAUGAAACUUUGCAAGCAAAUAAUGUGUAUUCCAAAGAUGACUGCUAUAUGGAAUUGUGUUUAGAGGCUUGUAUUGAUAAAGGAUAUUCUUCAGAUGGUACUAGUGAUUGGCCGUCUCAAGCGAAGCUCAAAGUUUUUAUGUCCAAGUCCAAACACCUCUUUGCUAAACUUAAUUAUGCUGAGCAGAUUAAGAAGAAACAGGAAGCUGAAUUAGAGAGGCAAUCUCAGCAAUUGAAUGAGGCGUUGAUGGAAAGGAACUUCAAAAGGAUUACAAGAUCCCAAGCUAAAGGUUUCAAAGUUUCUAAUCCAAAUAAGAAAUAA